AUGAUGAUGAUGAAGGUGUUGACUGUGGGCGGUCCACGGUGCAUUAGCACCACUGCCUCGGUGCAUAUGACGUUUGAGGGCCGUUUGAAGGCUGGGACCCUGACGCCGGAGCAGACCCUGGCGAAGGUCUUCGGGGGCAGGGUUCGCGGGGACCCGCCGCGGGCUACUUCUCGGAUGGAGGGUCUCGGAGAGCGAGUCAUCGCUGGGGUUAGUGUCCCCGGGAGACCCCGAGAACCGGACAACUGUUGCAUGUCUGGAUGUACGCACUGUGUCUGGGAGAUCUUCAGUGACGACGUGAAGUACUGGAGAUCCCGCCGCAGGGAGGCCGCUAAGAGGAUCUCCAGUACGCAAGAUACUUGGCCCAGGGACUGGGACCCACCCUUGCCCUUACUCGAGGCCAAGAACGUGCCCCAAGAGUUACAACAUGAGAAGGCUCUACUCGACAGCAAGAGACAGGAUGUGCCAAAGCCACAGCUGUUCCCACCACGGGAGACUGACCUCCCGGCGAGUGUCCUUGCUGCGAAGCGCCGCAACGCACUGGCCAGGGCACAAGAGAAGAAGCAACAGGCAGACACUGCCGGUCCAGACGAUAACGAAGACGAUACAGAUCCCUGGGAGGACGUCCCAGUCCAUAUCCGCGCCUUCGCAGAGUUCGAACGCAAGAAGAGACUGCAGCGGCGCCAGCAGAGAGCAGCGAGGAAGUAG